AAAUAAAUAAUUAGACCUUUUUUUUUUCUUGUGGACCCCACAGAGCCUCUCUCCCUCUUCCCUAAAACGCUUCGCCGUCACAGGGAAGCAAAGCAAAAAGGAAAACUAUUUUUUUUUUCAGUGAUAAAUGGGCGCGUAGGAUAAAGCUCCAGCGUACGAUAGCCACAGACUAAAACGAUUAUCGCACCCGGUGAUGCUCGGUGUACUUUGCGCACGCCCCAAGCCUUGGAUCCUCACCUCCUUAUCUUCCUUCGUACACGGCUCGGCCGGUCACCACCACCACCACCACCAUAGUAGUAGUAGUCGCCUCCUCCACGCGCCAAUCCAAUCCGCCGACUUUGCCGGUGGCUACGCGCGCCUCACCCGUCCACGCCACCAUUCCAGUGCUUGUCAGCUUGGCGGCGCCGGUGGCGCCGCCGCCACUGCUGCUUCGAUAUGGCAUGCCAUAUUACCGGCGGCCGGACGGCGGUGCGAUGUUAGGCGCCCGGGCGUUCAGUUCGAGCUGAAAGGUGAGGGGUCGUGGAACGCCGCGUGGGAUGCGAGACCCGCACGUUGGCUUCACAGGCCGGACUCGGCCUGGCUUCUGUUUGGAGUCUGCGCUUGCCUCGCACCGGUUGUCGACUUGCUCGACGCGAAUUCCGAGCCGGUCGUUUCGGACGACAAGGCCAACGUCGUCGUUCCUGAUGAAGUUGUCGAAAGCUCCUCUGGUUACAGGGUUACAGGGGUGGCAGCUGAUGGUCGAUGCCUAUUCAGAGCAAUAGCUCAUGUGGCUUGCUUAAGGAAUGGGAAAGAAGCUCCUGAUGAGAAUCGACAGAGACAACUUGCUGAUGAAUUAAGAGCUCAAGUUGUAGAUGAGCUUUUAAAGAGGCGGGAGGAAAGCGAGUGGUACAUUGAAGGGGAUUUUGAUGCUUAUAUUAAGAGAAUUCAAGAACCUUAUGUUUGGGGUGGAGAACCUGAGUUGAUCAUGGCGUCUCAUGUUCUGAAGACACCGAUAUCGGUCUUCAUGAGAGAUAGAACAGGUGGUUUGGUAAACAUAGCAAAGUAUGGUGAAGAGUAUCGAAAGGUUGAAGAGGAUCCAAUUAAUCUUCUCUUUUAUGGGUAUGGUCACUAUGACAUCUUGGAGACUUUCCCGAACCAGAGUUGCCAGAAACUAAACUAAACAUGUAGAAGUUGGAUAUGGUCUAUAGAAACAUCAUUUGCCCUACAUUCAAAUAAAUUGGAAUAACUGUUGAAAGAGCAUGGCUGAUUUUUACAUAAUGGAAGAAAUUCACCGUGAACUAAAAUCACUCGUUCAUUGGUUUGCUGCGGUGAGCUAAAUUCAAGCAUAAGCUUGUUCAAUUUUUGUAGGUUAAUUAAUUUUCUUUUACAGAAUUUUGAUAUACACAUUGGAAUUCAAUAAAAUUAUUUUCUGGGUUGUUUUGUUA